AUGACUCGACUAUACACGUUUUCCCUGCUUGGCCUGGCCUCGACGGCUAUCGCUGGCCAGGAUGCCUUCCAAACCAAGUGCUCGCAGUUCGCAGAUAAAAUCAACCUGCCCAAUGUCAAAGUGAACUUUGCCGAAUAUGUCCAGGGAGGGACAAACCUAUCUCUGCCAGACAACGCGGCUAGCUGUAGUGCAUCAUAUCAGGCUGUCUCGGUGGAUUUAUGCCGAGUCGCGAUGGCUAUAUCUACCUCAAACAGCAGCCAAAUUACCCUAGAAGCAUGGUUCCCGCGCGAGUACAAGGGUCGCUUCUUGAGUACCGGCAAUGGCGGUCUUUCCGGAUGCAUUCAAUAUUACGAUCUUGCCUAUACUGCCCAGUUGGGAUUCGCCACUGUCGGAGCCAACAACGGUCACAACGGAACCUCGGGCGAGCCGUUCUACCACCAUCCUGAGGUGCUAAGGGACUUCGCGUACCGUUCAGUCCAUACCGGCGUGGUCAUUGGCAAGGAGCUCACGAAGAAGUUCUAUGAGGAGGGAUUCAACAAAAGCUACUAUCUUGGAUGUUCCACGGGUGGCCGACAGGGAUGGAAGUCGAUCCAGAAAUACCCCAAUGACUUCGAUGGUGUUGUUGCAGGCGCACCCGCCAUCAACUUUAUCAAUCUGCUUUCGUGGAGUGCCCACUUCUUCCCCAUCACUGGCUCUCCAUCCUCCGAUACAUAUCUUUCCACUGCUGAGUGGAAGGUUGUCCACGAGGAGAUUAUUCGCCAAUGCGAUGCCAUUGACGGCGCGAAGGAUGGUAUCAUCGAAGAUCCCGACCUCUGCCACCCCAUUAUGGAGACUCUCAUCUGUGCGCCGAGCGCCAAGAACACAUCUAGCUGCCUCUCCCGUGCUCAGGUUCAUACAGUGCAGCAGGUUCUGUCACCACUGAAUGGCCUGAACGGCACUCAACUGUAUCCUCGUAUGCAGCCUGGUUCCGAAAUUCUCACUGCACCAAUCAUGUACAACGGCCAGCCGUUUAAAUACAGCAAUGACUGGUGGAAGUAUGUUGUUUACGAGAAUCCGUCCUGGAGCGGCGAGAACUGGACCGUCAAGGAUGCCGCCGCCGCGCUCGCCCAGAACCCGUAUAACAUCCAAACGUGGGAGGGUGACCUGUCCCUCUUCCAAAAGUCUGGCGGCAAGGUUCUCCACUACCAUGGCCUGCAGGACCAGCUGAUUAGCUCCGAAGACUCGAAGUGGUAUUACUCCCACGUUGCGGAGACGAUGAAUCUACCCCCGACCAGCUUGGACGAGUUUUACCGCUUCUUCACCAUCAGUGGCAUGGGCCACUGCGGUGGCGGUGACGGUGCUUAUGGUAUUGGGCAGGGUCUUUCAACAUAUGCUGGCAGUGAUCCUGACGACAAUGUCCUUAUGGCUAUGGUUAAGUGGGUGGAGCAGGGCGUGGCGCCCGAGGCUGUGCGCGGUACCAGGUUCGUUGACGGGCCCGGUUCAAAGGCCGAAUACCGGCGCAAGCAUUGUCGCUACCCCCGCCGGAAUGUGUUCAAUGGUCCUGGGAACUACACUGAUGAGAAUGCCUGGGAGUGUGUGUAG